AUGGAUGAAGCUAUGGAAAAUGCUAUGCUGAAUUGUGGUUUAAAUGUUUGUGAUAAUGACUCUAUGAGUAUGCUUGAAGGGUGUCCUAACAAUGAACUCCUAGAGUUAUUAAAAACAAAGAAACAUGCUAGAAUCGGCUGUUCUCGUCAUAUGACAGGAGAUAAAUCAUUGUUUAAGUCACUCAAAGAGAAUGUUGGUAACUAUGUGACAUUUGGCGAUGGGAGUUAUGCUCAAGUUCUCAGCAAAUGGACUGUUGAGAUACUGGGAUUACCCCUAUUAAAGGAUGUCUUAUACAUCAAAGGGCUGAAGGCAAAUCUCUUAAGCAUCACUCAAAUAUGUGAUGAAGACUUCCUUGUUCAAUUCUCAAAGAAGGGGUGCAUAAUCAUUGAUGAAGAAGGGAUUCAAGUCUUGGAAGGAAAUAGGACUACCGACAAUUGCUAUGGAGUAGUUCCUACGACACCAAUUUCCUGUAGAAGUGCUCGUGUUGACAUAGAAAAAUCGAAAGCAUGUGAGAAAUUGGAAAUUCUAUGCAAGAGACUACAAAACGAGAAAGGGGUUUCGAUUGUCAAGAUAAGGAGUGAUCAUGGCAAGGAGUUUGAGAAUUCAAGAUUUGACUCAUUUUGUGAGAAGAAUGGGAUCAAAAAGGAAUUUUCAGCCCCCAAAACUCCUCAACAAAAUGGGGUGGUUGAGAGGAAAAAUCGGGUGAUUCAAGAAAUGGCAAGAGUUAUGCUACUCAAAAAUUGGGGAGAAGCCGUGAACACCUCAUGUCACAUUGGUAAUAGGAUAUUCUUCCGAGUGGGAAUAAAGAAGACUGCUUAUGAAAUUUGGAAUGGAAAGAAGCCGAAAGUGAAGUACUUACGAGUGUUUGGAAGCAGGCGUUACAUUCUAAAUGAUCGGGAGAACCUUGGAAAAUUUGAUGCAAAAAGUGAUAAAGGCAUCUUCCUCAAGUAUUCUACUACUAGUCGGGCAAAUAGAGUAUUCAACAAGAGAACAAAGACGGUAAUGGAAUCCAUCAAUGUAGAAAUUGAUUAUGCUAUAACAAAGGUAGAGAUGGUUGAUGAUGGAGAAGGGCUAAGCAAGAAUUGA